UAGGGCUUGAGGAAGAAGAAGCAUGAACCCUAAUAUGGGUUUCUAGGAGAGCGCGAAAGCGCUAUGGCGACAGAGCCGGCAGGAGCUAGGACGGGGACGAAGGUGAAGAAGGUAGCUGGGAAGCGCGAAGAAGUGACCGGGCAUUUCGCGUUUGGGCCUGCCGAGGACGAUGCGAUCAUCCGGCAGCGGCUGCUCACUCGGACCACCACGACCCGGGGCGAGCCGCCACUCAAGAAGUUGCUCAAGAAGUUCGUCGCUUUCGUGGCCGAGGUGGAUAAGAGCUCCGACAAUGUGGUGGAGUGCGAGAAGCUCUACAAAUCCUUGCUGCAGGAGCUCAGCACUUUCGAGCUCCCGCUGCUCAAGACGAGGGCCGUGAUCGAUGCCAACAAGCGCGAGCAGCAGAGUUUCAAGGAUUUGCAGCAGCAGCUCGACCAGCAAACCAUCCAGACUAGGAAUGACAUCGAAGAUUUGAAGAUCCAACUCGAGCAAAGCAAGAUCGAGAGGCAGCACAAAGAGGAGUGCGAAGCCAUUCGUCGGCUGAUAGCCGCUCAACCUCCGCGAUCAGAGACCCAGAACGUGAUCACCGAGCUCGAGAAAGAGAUCGCGACGCUCGAGGCCGAGAACAUGACCGCCACUCGGACACUGGAGCUCCGGAAGAAACAAUUCGCCCUCUUGCUACACGCCGUUGAUUCGCUACAGACCACGCUCGAGGACGAGCAGCAGAGCAGCGCGAUCGAGCAGGACACGAGCGGCAGCGGCGCUUUUGUCUCGAUGGAAGCUCCAGUGGCGGCUGCCGAGCCCAUGGCCGUGGAUCCUGUGUGAGCAGCGCCGACAAUCAAACCAGACAGGCAAACAUUCUUUUCUUUUGCUCCUUGUUUCCAGUUAACUCGCGAACAAACCGAGAAUCGAAUGUCUCAAGCUUCGCUGACAAACUAAAAUCCAAUCAAUCAGUACGGUGGAGGUGGCGGUAA